GAUACCUGUGUCCACUGAAGCGGCUUGUGUUGAGGAGCAUGUUGUGACAGCCAUGUCUCUGGAGAUGGAGAAGACCAUCACCAAGCUGAUGUACGACUUCCAGAGGAACUCCACCUCUGAUGAUGACUCUGGAUGCGCGUUGGAGGAAUACGCCUGGGUUCCCCCCGGCCUCAGUCCCGAGCAGGUGCAUCAAUACUAUAACUCCUUACCAGAAGAGAAGGUCCCCUAUAUAAACAGCCCUGGAGAGAAGUAUCGCAUCAAGCAGCUCCUUCAUCAGUUACCACCACAUGACAACGAGGUGCGUUAUUGUAAUGCACUGGAUGAAGAGGAGAAACGAGAGCUGAAGCUCUUCAGCAACCAACGGAAGAAAGACAAUUUGGGCAGAGGCAACGUCCGUCCUUUCCCACUCACCAUAAAUGGAGCCCUCUGUGACAAGUGUGGUGGUCAGAUUAACGGAGGGGACAUUGUGGUUUUUGCAGCAAGGGCAGGUCAUGGAAAAUGCUGGCACCCUCACUGCUUUGUCUGCAGCAUGUGUGAGGAGUUGUUGGUGGAUCUCAUCUACUUCUACCAGGAUGGCAAAAUCUACUGUGGACGGCACCACGCUGAGAGGCUGAAACCCCGUUGCUGUGCCUGUGAUGAGAUAAUCUUUGCUGAUGAAUGCACCGAGGCAGAGGGCAGGCACUGGCACAUGAAGCACUUCUGCUGCUAUGAGUGCGAGACCACCCUUGGCGGCCAGCGCUACAUCAUGAAGGAUGGUCGGCCACACUGCUGCAACUGCUUUGAGUCUCUUUACGCUGAGUACUGUGAUGCAUGUGGAGAACACAUAGGCGUUGACCAAGGCCAGAUGACGUAUGAUGGGCAGCACUGGCAUGCAACUGAGGAAUGUUUCUGCUGUGCUCAUUGCAAGCGCUCACUGCUGGGCCGGCCCUUCCUGCCAAAGCAAGGGCAGAUCUUCUGCUCAAGGUCCUGCAGUGCUGGGCAGGAUCCAGAUGAGUCCGACUCCUCUGACUCAGCCUUCCAAAGCGCUCGUUCCCGUGAGUCCCGCCAUAGCACCAAGAUUGGGAACAAGGAGCGCCAUGCUGACCGUUUGUCUGCUGAAAUUGAUCCUCUGUCUGUUCAGAUGGACCGUUUAAGCGUCUCAUCUAGCCAGACUCCAAGCAGGACACCUAACCGCACACCUAGCCGCACUCCAAGCCGUGCCCCCAGCCUUAACCAAGUGUGGAUGAGCCGGGAUGAGUCCUACGCCCCUGCUGCAUAUGAGGCUCCCCAGCGGGAACCUUCCCCUACCCCUGGACCUAUACAUCUGCUUGGUCAGUGUAACCCUCGGCAGGGCUACAAUCCCAAUGCAAACGCUCAUCCUCCAGGCCAGAAUCCUGCCAACCAAGGAAAGAGACCUGAUUCCUGGGGGAAGGAACAAGGUAAUGCCAAGAGGACCCCUAUGGCUGCUCUGAGGGGGCACUCCUUUAAUGAAAACUGGAUGCAACACAGCCAGGAUGAGUUUAGGCCCAACAAGCUACGCACCCAGAUGAGUUUCAAUGAGAUGUCUAGCCAAAGCCAAGGCUUCUCUGACAAGAGGAGUAUCAGUUUGCAUGGAUUCCAAAGAGAUGGAAGACCCCCAUUGACCAGGAGAAAUCCCAUCAAUGCCAUGAGCUUCAAUGAGCCCCUCACUCCUCUAGAACAGACCCCUCGUGGAUCCAUGGACUCCCUCACUAUAUCCAAUGCUACAGGUAACUCUCUGGAUGGGGUCAAUAAGCGUCAGGAGCAUUUGUCUAGGUUCUCCAUGCCAGACCUGAGCAAGGACUCGGGUGUGAACGUAUCUGAAAAGAGCAACAUGGGCACUCUCAGCUCCUCAGUCCAGUUCCACAGUACAGAAUCUCUGUCCUCCUCUCGCCCAUACAACAACAACAACAUGUACGCUCCACUGAGAGUUGGUUACCCACUGCAAUACUGGGAUGGCCAGCAGCCACUGGGCUUUGAUGACAAAGGUCGUGCCGGGGUGAUGGGCAGCAGCGGAAACCUGCGGAUGGCUCCAAUGAGUGAUCGAAUGCCCCGCCGACGCAUAAGUGGGCAGGAACCUGUAUCACAGCAACAGCAACCACAACCAAGACACCGCAAACACCAUCGUGGAAACCAUGGUAAUGGGCAGCACCGCAGUGGUCGUCACCACAAACGCUCUCGCCGUUCUCGUUCUGACAAUGCCCUGCACCUGGUGGCGGACCGGCCCACUCAAAUGGUGGAGCUGCCCUACCGCCGUGUUCAGGAGGAUUAUGAUCGCUUCCCCUCUGGUCAUGCUGCUCGGGAGUUGUUUGGUCUAGAGCCCGGUGGGUAUAGACAGCAGUCCCACCGACCUUGUCCCCGUACCACUUCUGAUCUCACCCUGCAGAAUGCUGGGUGGCAACCUGUGGGGCUGGGUGGGCCAUACUGGGGCGAUGGGUACAUGGAGGCUGCUGACCUCUGGUGCUCCAGCUGCUCUUCUUCCUCCGAGUCAGAGGGAGAUGAGGGUUAUUUCUUGGGCGAACCAAUCCCUCGGCCUGUGCAGCUGUGCUACAUCAACAACGAGGAGCUGCGCCAUCGCUACAGCCCCUCUGGCAUGGGUGGCCAUCAUGGACCUCUGCAUGGACCAAUUCAUGGCCAGCUGCACACUCGCCAGAGGAGGAAGAGCAAAAACUGCAUCAUUUCCUAGAUAUAGAGCAAAGAGAUAGUGAGGGAGAAGCAGGAAAGUGAGAUGACAGAGAGAGAGGUAAGGAUAUGGUUAAAGCAACAUAGAGGAGGAACAGAGGGAGUGGGAAGGUGAGAGUGAGAGUUGACAGGGAGAGUGAAUAGUGUUUGUGUAUGAAUUUGCGUGUGUGUGUGUUGGGGUUAAAGAGACAAAAAGACCUAUUUUUUGUGCUUGUGAGCUUACACAACUCUACAAUGGCUAAUGUUUGUGUACACCUACACAGAAUGAUCUAAUCAUGAGAGGAAGCUCAGUUGGCUUACACAACAGAAAUGUUUACAAUGAUGGAAACCAACUCUACUGAUGCUACCAGGAAGCACUAAUGAAUACGACUACUAAAUAUACUGUGGUUAAGGUAAAUAACAUGAUGUAUGUGUGUGUCUGUGUGUGUAUCCAUGUUACAGAGAGACUGAUCAAUUCCUUUACCGAUUGAAAAGGGAAGUAACACUGGUCAAACUACAGUGAUCUGACUGUUCAUGUUGCAGCUCACUGAUCCAAACCCUGGGCAGUAAAACCUAUUCUAUGUGGACAAACCAGAAAUCGUGUUGGGAUAGUGAAAGCUACGUGCUAGAUUCCAAGCUAUGUUAUUGUUUACCUCAGUGGAAUCCAAAUGCUGCUGGAAUAUAGUGUUGGCUCGCUAGCCCCGUUAUCACCUUGUACAAAUAGUCUGUUGAACCUUGUGAACUACAUAGCCAGCUCUCAUGCUUUACUAGGGACAGAGUGCCGGACAGCCUCUGCUCCUUGACCAUUCAGGCACAGUAACGUCAGGUAUGGUCCCGUUUUCUCUUCUGCAACAUGCUUUGUUUUUUGAGAGUUACUUAUAGAUGAUGAUUAAUAAUAUUGAUAAUAACGCUAACAAUAAUAACAGCAGUGCAAAUAAUUAUAAUGAUAUUAAAGAAUAAUACCUGUUAAAUGUAUAUAUAGUAAUAAACUUAAUAAAGUAAUGGAUGUAGUCAUGUAAAUGUUAUGUACAUAUAGUCUUAAAUAUUUAUAUAUUUUGUAACUAAAGAAUCAUUAUUUGUAUAACAUGAUGUAGGGAUAGGGAGACUUGCAUGUUGAUU